CAUAACAUUACCUACAGCUAGUGUAAUUGCUAGGUUGAUAUCUAUAAAUAAUGAUUUACCUAUUCUUUGGUGCGGCGUUUCUUUUUUGGGUUCUACUCAGAGUUACUGAUACCAGGAAUAAUAGUAAAACUUGUUUGGUUGGAAAAACUGCCCUGGUCACCGGAGGAAAUAGAGGUUUGGGCUUCCAAACUUCAUUAGGUUUAGCUGCUAGAGGUUGUAGAGUAAUUAUUGCAUGUCGAAGUAAUGCCGAAAAAGACAAGGAACAAAUAAUUAACCUAACAAAUAAUCCUAACAUAGUAUUGAAGAAGCUCGACUUAACUUCAUUUAAAUCAAUCAGAAGUUUUGCUGAAGAUCUCAACAAAACCGAGGAAAAAAUCGAUAUUUUAAUCAACAACUCAGGCGUUGGAACCAUUUCUGAAGAAUUGACUGAAGAUGGCUAUCAAAUUAUUAACCAAGUAAACUAUUUGGGACCAUUCCUUCUAACACAUUUACUUAUAGGGCUCUUAAAAAAACCUAAUAGAGCAAGAAUUGUAUGGCUUUCAUCGUUUUCGGUAUGGUUAAACCAAUUAGAAGUAAAUUCAAUGGGAGCAAAAAAAGCUGAUCUUCGUUACUUAGCCUUAACGCAUUCUUAUGCCGAUACCAAGGCAGCUAUAGUUGUCAUGUCAAAUGCAUUUGCAGAAAAAUUAAAACCUUUCAAUAUAACCUCAAACGCUUUACACCCUGGAGUUUGUUACACGGAUAUUUUCCAGGCAGCUGAUGCCGUUCUGCCUACACUUUUUGUGAAAUUAUUUUACGGUUUGGGAAGACUUUACUUUAAAUCGCCUGAAUCUGGCGCCCAACUAACAUUGAAGCUGGCUAUGUCGCACAGCCUAAAACACUUGACAGGAGCAUUUUAUUGGGACUUCUAUUCCUAUCCUUCUCCUAGUAUUUUAAGCGAUAAACAAUUUGAAGCUGAAUUGUGGAAAGAAUCAGAAAAAUGGGUGCACCUUAGAGAUCAAGAAAGAAUUUAAAAGAAUCAGCUUUAUAUUUGCUUUCCAUAUCCAAAACAUAAUAUGUGUUGUUAUUUAUUCUGUUUAAAUUGUGUCAAUAAAGGUUUCCUUUACAAACAGCCAAAACAGUACU